CUCUCUUCCUUUCACUCACCUCCCGUUUGUUUUGUUACAUUAUGAUUAAAGUGGAACAAGGCAAGGCUUUAGCUCCUGUUAUUGCUGGUACAACUGUAGCCUUAUACCUCUCUUAUAAGAUUUUUCUCUCCUUGCUUCACAAAAAAAAUAAGUACGCCAAAAAAAUCCCAGUGCCUGGCUCUUCUUAUCCUUAUGUAGGCCACAUGUCCUCUUUGGGGGAUAUGCCAGCCGAGACAAUUUCCCAAUGGCAUAAGGAGCUUGGUCCAAUUAUCCAAUUUCGUAUGGGUGUUCAAACUUGGGUUUCCAUUGAUAGUCCAGAAUUAGCCCAUAAAGUAAUGGUGACAAAUGGUAGCAAAGCUUCACAUAGAAAUGAAAACGAAUUUUCGUACAAAUUGUCCAGCUUUGGAGGGAAGGGGAUUGUGAACUCACAACCAAAUCCUGCUUGGAAAAAAGCACGAGCAGCAGUCACUGCUGCUAUUGCGCCUUCGCAAAUAGAGCUUCACAUGGCUUCUAUCCAGAAGCAAGCCAAAAAAUUGGUGGAUACACUUAUAGAAACAUCUAAAAAAACCAAAGCCGGUUCUUUCCCAUUCAAAGAUUUACAGCUUUACGUAAUGAACACUGUCACAUUGAUUGCAUUUGGAAGAACCUUUCCUACUAGAGACGACCCUAAAUUCAUCGAGAUAUCGGAAACAAUCGACGAGGGCUUUAAACUCAGUGGUGUAGACUAUGAUUUGGCAAACUACUUACCUAUUUUUGCCAUCUACGAUUAUUUUAAAGGUGUUCGAAGUAUUCUCAAACGAUUUUUGAAAGAAAGACGCGACCCUCUCUUCCGUGGAUUGAUUGACGAUGCAUAUCAUACCGAUGGACCAAAUCUUGUCAAAUAUUUGAAAGAAAAUGGCUAUGAUUUGUCUGAGGAAGAAACAAUGGUUAUCUUUUCGGAUUUAAUUUCCGCAGGAACAGAUACAAAUUCAUUGUAUUUGUGCUGGACGAUAGCUAUCAUGUGCCGUCAUCCAGAGGUUCAGUUGAAGAUUGCUGCAGAAAUCGAUGACUUUGUUAAACGAAAUGGUCGCUUGCCUCUUUUCAGUGAAAGAUUGGAGUUGCCAUUUUGUAUCUCUGCUAUGAAGGAAUGUAUGAGAUACAAGCCAAUUACGGCAUUCGGUAUUCCUCAUUUGGCUAUUGACGAUAUUGAAGUUGAUGGAUAUAUUAUUCCUAAAGGUGCUACUAUUAUUUCGAACAUGAUAAGUAUGCAUCAAAAUUCGGAAUUUUAUACAGACAGACCCAACGAAUAUGUUCCUGAAAGAUUUCUGGAAAAGUUAGAAACAUCGUCCGCCUCAUCGAAGGGUAAAGUAGAGGACCGCGAUCAUUUCAACUUCGGAUGGGGAAGACGUAUUUGUCCUGCAAUCCAUAUGGCUGAAGUAGAAACGUUUAUUGGAUUUGUUGAAUUGAUGUCUCGAUGCUUUAUUGAACCUGGUGAGGAUGGUAUGCCUAACAUUGACAUAGCUGAAAAUGGUGGUGUCUCCAUAUUACCAUCUCCUUAUAAAGUCAAAUUUACAGAUCGCUCAUUGAUUGACCCAACACAAAAUUAAAAAAACUAAUGAUUAUUUAUCUCAAAAAUGUUUCAAAGAAAAACGAUUAAGGGUUAAUCUCAAACCUGGCUUUCGUUUAACAGUAACUGUG